UAUUCUCUCGCAAUGCAAAAGUUUUAGAUGGCAGCACAAGUCACGAUGGCCAACGAAGGCCCCAAUGAUAUAUUUUUUAGCAUCUGAUCUGUAAUUGUCUCGUUUAUUUUAAGAUCUUGAUUUUAGUGUAGUUUUAAUAUAUUUAAGUUUUGAUAUAUUUAAGAAAAAAAUCAUAUCUCAAGAUUAUCUUCUGAAUUGUCUUCUCUACUAAUCUUGUUUUCUCAUGAAUUCUAAAUCCGUGAAUUGUUUGUAAGCUUUUCAAUAUGUCAAGUAAACGUGGGAAAAGCUGUCAGUGGGUUUAUUGCUUAGAUGAUUAAUAUUUAUAUAAUAUAUCUAAAUAAAUAAUUGUGACAUGUAUGAUUGCGUUGAGAUAAUAAAAAUGCAGUAAACAUAAUUGAGUGCUCCAUAUUAUAUUCUUAUGUGUUAAUAAUUAAGUUUUGUCAGAGUUAACAUGUCCAAUUCAGAGGCUGGCGUGGGAUGCAUUAGUGAAGUAACACUUGCAAUUAGUAAAGCAAGAAGUUCUCAGACAAACACUGUGAGAGUCCUUGAUAGUCCUGACUCAGAUGGAUCUGGUCACUCAAACUCAUUUACUGUACAACGAUUUAAUUACACCAAUGAUAACAAUACUAAUUCAGAUAUUCUUCAGUCACCUCUCACUAGCGAUGACUUAAGAAUACCCAUUGUCGGUUAUGAGAUUAUGGAGGAAAGAGCUAGAUUUACAGUCUACAAACUUCGCGUUGAACUGAAAAAUGGUGAUUGCUGGUUUGUGUUUCGAAGAUACACAGACUUUGUUCGACUACUAGCACAAUUAAAAAGGCAAAAAGUUCCUAUCGCCCAUUUGACUUUACCAAGGAAAAAAUGGCUCGGUGAUAAUUUUGCCCCAAGUUUUUUAGAAGAAAGAAUAUGUGGACUUCAAACAUUUGUUAAUGGCAUUUUAACCAAUCCAGUUCUCAUAGGUGUUUCAUGUGUAAGAGAAUUCUUUUGCUUGGACGAACCUCCUGUUUUAUCUGACACGGCAGAAGAAUCUAGAGCAAUAUUUGAAGCAUUGGAAGAUACAAUUUAUAAUUUGAGACAACAAUUAAGAGAGCGUGAUAUAGCACUUGCAUCUGAAAAGAGUCGAUGCAAUGAAUUCCGGAAGAAGCUUCAUCAGAUAUUAAGUGAAAGACAAACCUGUUCAAAAUGUGGUGCAACCCAAUAGUAAUUUUAUAAACUGGGUCAUAAUAUUAGAUGUGAUAUAAAGUUGUUAGAUCUGUUUUUAUAAACUGAGUCAUGAUGUUAUUAGAUCUUAAUUUGUAUAAAGAUUAAGUCAAUGUAAAAAUAUGGUAAAUAGUAUAGAAAGAAAGCUUAUUAUACAAAUGGAAUAUUUUUGGAAAUAAUAUUUUAUACACAAGAUAUUAAUUACAUCAGUA